AUGAAAUAAUAUUUUAUUGCUUGCAGACCAUAUGAAAAAGUACCCGCAUCUUUAAGAAACUCUCUCAUACAAUUGGUAUUUAUAAAGGGUUUUAAAAUAAAACAUGUAAUAUAUUCAUUCAAAAAUCUUAAAGGCAGCCAAAAGACUCAAUAUCAAGUAUCCAGCAGCCAAAUCGAUCAUUAUUUAUCACAGAAAAAAUGUCAUCAAAUAGAAAGUCAACAUCACAUAAUAAAAUUAAUGCCAAAUAGUUCCCAUAAUUUAGUCCAAAAGCUCAAUAACAAUAAUAUCAAGUGUUGGAGGAAGCCAAAUCACUUCGAAAAUACUGUUUUAAUAUGAAAUUCGAAAUGAUUCCUAAUAUAUUUUAACAUCUAUACCUUAAUGA